AUGGAAAUAAAUAUAACAAACAUUUUGUUUGUAAUUUUUUUACAUAUAUCGGUGCUAAAUUGUGCUCAUUUGACAAGAACUUAUUUUAAAGAUGAGUAUGUAAAUAAUGGUGAAAAUAUGCCAAAAAUCAGUUGGUUAUUCAGCAAUUCUAUUGAUAAUUCCAUUAGAGUUAAAAGAGCCAAAAUUGAUUUGACUGAAGAUAAUUUAUUAAAAUCUAUGAAUAUCAAAUGCCGACAAAAUUUAAAUCGCUUGUGUCAUGUAACUAAAAAUAAUGACGAAUUAAUGUUACUAGAAUGCAUUCAAAAUUUUAAGCCAACUGAAAUGUCUGGUAUUGAUGAUGAAUGUCGUCAAGCCAUUUGGGAUUAUAUCUUAAACAUUACAGAUAAUUCAAAUAUAGAACGUUUAUCUAAAAAAACUUGUGGUAGAGAAUUAGAUUCAUUAGAUUGUUCUGGUUUUGGCAAAAAACAUGGAGCAUAUCUUUCAUGUUUAAUUGAUCAAAAAGAAAAAGUCAAAAAUCCUAAGUGCAUUGCAUAUAUUCAAAGAUUAGAAUGGAUUGCAGUUAAUGAUUUUAGGAUUAUAAUAGGACCAUUUUCUUCAGAUUGUGAAAAUGAUAUUAAAAAAUUCAAAUGUGACAAAUUACAACCAUACAGAGAUAUAUCACAAGGACAAAUAUUGGCUUGUUUACAAGAACAUGUUAAUGAACUUCAACUUCAAUGUAAAAGACACAUUCUUCAUGUAUCUGAAAUACAAGCAGAAAAUAUCAAAUUAGAUCAUCAAUUAUAUUUGGCUUGUAAAAAUGAUCUCAGUGAAUUUUGUCAAAAUAUUAGACCUGGGAGUGGUCAAGUAUAUAAAUGUUUAAUGCAACACAAAACAAAUAGAUCUAUGACAGCAGUAUGUCAAGAACAACUUACAAGAAGAGGAAAAUUAAUUGCAUCUGAUUACAAAGUUAGUAAAGGAUUGGUUAAAGCUUGUAAAGAUGAUAUUAAAAUUAAUCAUUGUAGAAGAUCUGCAUUUGAAGAUAAAAACAUAAGACUUGCACAAAUUCUUCUUUGUUUGGAAUCAGCAGCAAAAAAUGGAAGCAAAAUUGAUGGGGAUUGUCAAGCUGAAAUGUUUGAUCAUAGAAAACUUUUAAUGGAAGAUUAUAGAUUAUCUCCUGAAAUAGUUGAUGGAUGUGCUAAUGAUAUUACAACCUUUUGUAAUAAUUUAAAAGUUGGUGGUGCAACAAUUCAUUGUUUAAUGGAACAUACUAGAACAAGAAAAAAAAAUAGGAUAUCUAGUAAAUGUCAAAGAGCGAUAGAAGAAUUAAUUACGGAAACUGAUGCUGGAGAAGAUUGGAGAAUUGAUCCUAUUUUAAGAGAACAAUGUAAAUUUGUUGUCAAUCGCGCUUGUAGAGAUAUACACGGAGGUGAUGCUAGAGUAAUAUCAUGUUUAAUGGAACAGCUUGGUACAAAAAUAAUGACAAAAGCUUGUGAAACUGCUUUAAUUCAAAUACAAUAUUUUGUAGCUAGAGAUUUUGAACUAGAUCCUCAAUUAUAUAGAGCAUGUAAAUUUGAUGCAAUACAUUUAUGUCAUGCAAGAAAUGCAUGGGCCAAUGAUGGGAAACAAAUGGAUCCAGAACGAGGACCUCUUGUUUUACCAUGUUUAUAUAGACAUGUAUAUCAUCCUCAAAAGAAUAUGACAUUAAAAACAGAAUGUAUUGAAGAAAUUAGACGUGUUAUGAGACAAAGAGCAAUAAAUGUUGAUUUACAACCUGAAAUUGAAGAAGUAUGUUUGAAUGAAUUAGCAUCAUUUUGUUAUGAUAAAACAGCAAAAGGAGAAGAAAUAUUAUGCCUCCAAGAUAAUUUAGAUCGUUUAAAUAGAAAUUGUAAAUUAGCAGUUGGUAAUUUUACAGAAGAGCAAGCAGAACAUGUUGAAUUGAAUCCAAUAAUUUCUGCUGUAUGUCAAGAUAUCAUGGAACGUUAUUGUGAGGAAAUAUUAAAAUAUGGUAAAGAUGAAGGUGACAUGAUGGAAUGUUUAAUAGAACAUAAAAAUGAUUUUAAUAUGCGAUCUGAUUAUAAAUGUAAAGCAGCAGUAGAACAUUUUCAAUUAAUAUCAUUAAAAAAUUACCACUUUACAUAUAAAUUUAAAGAAGCUUGUAGACCUUCUGUUAAGAGAUGGUGUCCAAAGUCUAAAACUAAAGCAGAUGUAAUAGAAUGCUUAAGUACAAGAGUACAAGAAGAUAUAAUGAAAGAUACACAGCAUCAUAUACCAAGAGAAUGUAGACAACAAUUAAAAGCACAACUUUAUCAACAAAGAGAAAAUAUUCAAUUUGAUCCUAUUUUACAAGCACAAUGUAUGAAUGAUAUUAAACAAUAUUGUUAUAAUCUUGAACCAGGAAAUUCACAGAUUCUUGAAUGUUUAGCAGCACAUAAAUCAAAAUUAUCCGAUACAUGUCAUAAACAAUUGUUCAAAAUAAGAAAACAAGAAUUUCAAGAUAGUUCAAGUGAUUUUGCUUUGUUGAAUAAUUGUCGAAUAAUGGUCAAGCAAUUCUGUCAUGAUAUCAGCCGUUCACAAGCAUUAGAUUGUUUAAAAAAAUAUAAAGAUGAACCAACAUUUGAUGAUAAAUGCAAAAAUAUUGUUGUUCGAAGAAUGAUUGAACAAAAUACAGAUUAUAGAUUUAAUACUGCAUUACAAAUAGCAUGUUCUUAUGAUAUUAAUAAACAUUGUAAAGAGGUGUUAUUAAAUGAACCUACAGAUAAAGAACUUGAAGGAAAAGUUAUAAGAUGUUUAAAAAUUAAAUUCAGAGAAUCUAAACUUUUAACAAAAUGUGAACAUCAAAUGACUAACAUACUUAGAGAGGCAGCCUUAAAUUAUCAUUUAAAUCCAUUAUUAGCCACAAUGUGUGCACAUGAGAUAGAAACAAUUUGUAGAACAAAUGAAAAUGAUUCUGGAACAGUAGAAGAAUGUUUGAAAAUGGAAUUUAAUGCUGGUAAUAGAGAUAUGAAAGAAGAAUGUCGACUUGAAAUUGCUGAUUUAAUAGAGCAAAGAAGAGCAGAUAUCAAUGUAGAUCCAUUAUUACAAAAAGCAUGUGCUGUUGAUAUCAGUAAAUAUUGCAGUGAUGUUCCGCAAGGUGCAGGCAGACAUAUCAAGUGUUUACAAAAUGUAUUAGAAGACAAUAACAAGUCUCUACAACCCGAUUGUUACAAAAUGUUAACUACUAGGAUUGAAAUGUUUAGGAAUGCAGCAAAAUUAAUUGGACCAAAUUCAAUACAAGAAUUAUAUUCAACAGUAAAUCAGUCUCCUGCAAGACGAUAUUUUAUGAUCAUUGCUUUGACAAUGAUUGGUAUUAUUUUCAUUACUGGUUUAUUUUGUGGAAGAGUGACGAGACGAACAAUGAUAAUGAAAAAUAAGUGAUAAAUUAUAGUGAAAAAAGUCCGUCCUCGAUUGUCUAUCACUGUAAUUAAAAAGAAAGAACAAAAUAAUUUUAAGUAAACAUCGAAAAUUAAAAAAAAUUAAGUGAUUAUAUUAG